AGACUCUUUGCCCGCGCCGAUAUUUUUUUCGGCAGCAACCCACCCGCAAACUACAAGUCGCCGCCUUUCCCAUCGCUUGGCUGGCCAUUAUAUGAAGAAGGGCGCUUUCUUUACGGAGCCCGCGACAUGACCGUCUUCACCCUGCUCUGGACGCUCAGCAUCUACAUGAUUGUACACGUCGGCGCGGCAGCCCUCGCCAUCACCAUGCACCUGGGAAAGCGUUGGUCCAACUGGAAAUAUGUGUGGAUUGUUCCCGUCUUCUACAUACUCGUGGCGGGAAGUGAGGCUGUUUUGGCCGGGGGUCUCGUCGGUGCUAUACUCAGCGCCGUCUACAUGUCCGGCCCUUUUCAAAUGUCGACAUGGAUUCCAUUCGUAUGGGGCCUUGUCAACGUCCUCGUCUUGAUCAUCUCGUCCUUUUCAAUUCAGGGUGGCUUAUGA